AUGCUUAUCAAUAGGUCAGUUCAUGAAAAUUUUACCCCUAACAUCUGGAAAAAGUCCUAUAUUAUACCCUUACAGAAAGGAGGAUGCUGGAAGCAGGCUAAGCAACCAUUUCUGCGACAUCAAUCAACAGAGUUUACCAUCAGCUAUAGUCGUGAAAAGCCUUUACAGAAAUUGGAUCUUGUCACGUAUGAUAUGUCUGAUUGCCACGAAUUUGUCACUAUUGGAACAGUGACAAGAAAAGGCUCUACAUUCAAGCCAAUGGAUACAGAAGUAGAGGAUGAGCUUAAUUUGUCAGAAACACAGAGCUUGUAUGACAGCCCACAUAAAACUACUCGUCAUGAAUAUGCACUUCCCCUGACCAGUCAAGAACCAGAAUAUGCAACACCCAUCAUCAAGCGACAUGCAAUUAAGAACAUAUAUACUCCAAGGACUGGCUACAAAGUACCCAGCGUUUCCCUCACUCAGAUAAAGAAGGCUUCAAAUUCUUUUAGUAGUUUCAAUAACUCUUCCACUUCAGAUUCCAGUGGUGGUAGUGGUUACCAGAUACCGCAGUGCAUUGUAGAGUCUAAAAUGACUGAGGAGAUGAAAUAUGACCAGCCAAGACAUAUUAACAUGGCUGCGGUGGACUGUGGUAAUGACUAUCAGAAGCCACAAAGCAGCUCAGUUGUACAGGUGCUUUAUUCAACACCCAGAGACUGCGUGAAAUCUGUGGAUCAUGAGCAACAAGGAGAUCUCUGCCUUUUCUGAAUCUAUAGUAUCUACUACCUUGACUGACAGUACAGAAGUGAUUUUAUUUUGUGGUAAAAAGGUACUGCCUAUCAUAGUUGUGCUAUCAUAAAAGGGAGAGUUUUCAAACAAACUUCUAGUUUGUUGGCAAUAUAAAAUGUUACAGCAGGCCUAAAGACACAGGAGCCAUGUUAUAAUGCAUAUGACAGUUAAAGUCCAGGUCGAGGAAGAGGAAUGUUAAAAUAAAUUAGAUUUGUAGUGCAACUGAUGUGGAUAGGCACCGCACAAGAAAUCUGCUCUUUUUCCAAACUUACAUAGAAAGGAUGAUGAAAGCAAAAUGUUUUCCAGUAUGCAUAUUUCAUGAACAUAAAAUAGUUAAGAAUGUUCAGCAUUAGAUCACUGUUGUAAUGAAUGAUGGUGCAUAUCCUGCCAAAGAUACUGUAUGUCUGGCCAGCCCAUCAAAGCUUAGGCGCACUUUCUCUUGCCAUACAUUUGACAUUAGACUUGUGCAUGAGAAUGGUUGCUGGUACUUAAGGGAAGUAUGGGUGUGAAAAUCCUCAGAACCUUCUUUCCACUGGUCUGUGAAGCAAGUCUCUAUCUGAAUCUUGGUCUGUCAACCGUAUGAAAGGAUCAAGCUACCUUUGUGAAGGACAGGGAAGUAUCUCACUAGGGACCCUUUGUGCUAUAAAAAUGGCAUUUUCAUGUCAUCUAAGAGAAAAGUACGACUGCAGUCGGCAUAUCCUUUAUAAAGUUGUUCUUUUUCGUCUUGGACUGGAUCAUAAUACCAUUGUAUUCCAUUUGUUAAGCCUAUGUGCCCAAGUCCCUUGGAAACAAUUUUUCAUCUCUUAAAAUUUAUUUAGAAAAUAAAUCUUUAUAGCCUCUUACCUUUGCUAGGAAGCAUUCAGAAUUUCCGUCGUCAGAUGUAUCUCCAGAGCCAAGGGAAAAAUAAAAAAAGCAGAAAGAAGAUUACUCUUUCCAUUUCUUUCAGUAAGCCAGAAUCUGACACUACUGAGGCUAAUGAUAAUUCUGUAGACCAUCUGAUAUCUAGCAGUGUUUCCACUGUCAAGACCCUUUCAAACAAAGGCAUAGACAUAGGAAAUUACUAGGCUAAUGACCCCAGGGGCCUUUUUAAGCCUAGCUAUGCUUCCCAAGGGUGAAAAGUAGUCCCUGUACCUUGCGUCUGUAAGGUGAACACCCUAACCAUUAAGCCAACCACUAUCCCUUCUGGAAAUCGAUAAGGCACAGGCAGCUAGCACAUCCCAUUUGACCAGUCAGAUAGUUGACAAAGCCUGGAAAGAAACCAUGGCUAGUCAUAUCAGGAGGACAUGAAGGCAUUCCUCAGAUUGUAGUUUAUGGGAAAGUCCUAGUCACCUUCAAGGAAGUACAUCCAUGGUCUGCUUUGUAAAUUGUUUAAAUACUGCAAAGAAUAGAAAACAAAACUUAUUUCCUCUUAUGUAACCCUUGCUACUAGGAACCCUGCAACAGGAGUGUUAUAACUUUUCUCAGGGAUUUUUUGAAGUCCUUAUAUCUUUAAAACCUCUCCAGUUUCAGUCAUCUGCACCAUGUGUUACUUAUAAGAGGAAGAUGGAACACCUGAGGAAGAUUCUUCUUCAGAGUCUGAUUUUGAGCCUCUGGAUUAUUCUUCCCAAAUGUAAUGUAUUCUUCCUUAGGUUCAGAGUCUGAAACUGAAGAUGCUAUCUUCAGACUGACCACAAGAAGAACUUUUGUAAUGCCAACCAUAAGACGAUGCAGUAUGUUAACUCUGAGGGCAGACAGCUUUCAGAAUCUUGGGAGAGGUUAUUACAGUUUGCUUCUUAUGGAAAUUCUCAUUUUCUGCUGUGCCCCUUGUCUUUAAAGCUUUGGAGGAUGCAAUUAUGUAUAAUCCUGUAGUCAUUGAGUCUGACACCUGCACCCAUGAAACCAAAGAGAGGGAACGAUAAAGUAUCUGAAAUCAUAAUAAUCCUACUUUUGGCCCAGCAGUUAUUUCUGUGGAAUUAUACAACGCAUCUAAACAUCUUUCUUUCCUACAGCUCCUUACCAUAUGGUAAAGACAGUAGGGAUGUGGAUAGGUAUAGAAAGAAAGUGUAUACUUUUGCUACUUUGGCUUUCCAUGUCAUUAAUUACCAGACCCACAUGAUUAGGUACUUAUCUAUUUUUGACAGCAUGUCUAAGCUAAUCCCUUGCCUACCUCACUCUUGACACUAGAUCUACCUCACAAAAUAUGCUUGCUUCAGCCACUCAGGUGGUACAUCACUCCAGGUGUGUGUGUGUCAGUGUUGAUGCCUCUUCUGGAGCAGUUGCUACUGAAUCAGUGUUAAAAAGACUUUCCUGGCUUCGUCUCCAGUCAUUGCCUGAAGGUAUUAAGGAUAAACAUUUGGAUAGUACUAUAGAUAAGGACAACUUGUUUGAACCUCCUUUUGUUGGAAUUUUGAAGAGCUUGUAAGAAAGGGGAAAGUAAUGCAAGGGUGUAAGCAACUUUUUCUUUCCCAUAUUCUAAAAUUUCAGAGAGACCUUAUCUUAUUAGCAGAAAAGUAAAAAAAUGCCCCAAGGAAAAAACUGCAGGACAAGCCUAGGUCAAAUUACAGUGGGUCCAAAAGCUCCCUUCUCAGACAAAUCUUUGAAUUUCUGACCAUCUGCCACACACACACACACACACACACACUCAUUUCUAGCAAGAUAUCUGUCUCUUUCUCUCUGAAGACCAGUAAUGACCAACUCUUGGGUUUUGGACAUUAUCAGAAAUGGACACAGACUUCAGUAGAAUGUCUUUCCAAUUCCUUCUGUAAUUCCACAGACCCCGUCAAAACACCGUUAUCUGCCCCCCCAAUUCAUUGUCAGCCUGUUUUUAGUCAGGAAGCAAAGAAUUCUAUUCCAGGAUUUUCCUUGUUUCUAGUAAAGAAGGGCAUUGAAAACCAGUUCUGGGGUUAUCCAUCCUGAACACUUUUUAAGAAUUGCAGAAUUCAAUAUGCUAAUGUAUUGAACUCUUUUCCCAGGAUUUUGCUAGUUACCAUGGCUCUGAAAGAUAUCACAUUUGUAUCCCUGUUCAUCCAGGCUGCAGAAGGUUUUGAGAUUCUGUGUUUUGGGAUUCACCUUUCAUUUUACUGCUUUGCGUUUUCAGCUUUCCACUGCACCAAGGGUGUUCACAAAGUGUCUAACCACUGUUAUAGCAUUCUGCAGACUCCAUGGUAUCGACAUCUUUUGUUAUUUGGAUGACUUCCUCAUUCAGACCAGUUCACUUCAAAAUGUUCUUCAGGGUUUACAAUUCACAGUCCACCUUUUUCUCAACCUAGAGUUUACUCUGAACAUCAAAUCCAAAGUACACCUCUCUUUCUAUAGUUUUCCUGUGAUGUCUUAAUACCUCCACUAUGGUGUCAUUUCUUGUUUUGAAAAACAUCAAAUUCUUGAAAAACUUUUCUACCUCUUUCAGACUGGGAUACUUAAUAUUCGUGUGAGCUGAGCACUUGUCAUCCAUUUCACCCUACCUGCCAAUUGAUUCAAGUCUUUCAUCAAGGUUUGAAGUGAAACCAUUCUUCAUAUCAGGUCAUCCAGAAAAUCUGCUCCUCAUCCAUGGGACCUGAAUUAUAUCCUUGAAAAGUUAACACUGGAACCUUUGAACUUGUUUCUUCCACAUGUCUAAAGUUCUGUUCUUGUAAAACAGUAAUACCUGUAGGUUUAAUCUCUGCAAAAAGGAUUUUGUGAGUUACAAGUUCUUAUGUCUGAUCUUCCUUUACUGUUUUUUUUUUCAGUUAUAGGGACUCUGUGAUCCUCAGGACUAACUGUUUUUUGCCUAAGUUGGUAACUGAAAUACCUUUGAGUCAAUCUACUCAUCUCCCUGCAUCUUUUCCCAAUCCCUAAAAUAAGGGAGAAAAGAAACUUCAUUUACUUAGUAGAUAUACACUGGCAAUUAAGAUCCUAUUCGGACAAAACUAAAAGCUGUAGAAUAACUGAUCAAUUGUUUUGUUUGAGGGGAAAAAACUGGGUCUUCUAGUCUCUAAAUAGGGCAUAUAUAGAUGGAUUUCCCUUGCCAUUUCUUUGUUACUCGUAAAUCACCCAAGGUCACAUUAAAGUACAGUCUGCUAAAAUGGUUGCUGCUGCUUGUGCUUUUCUAAAAGGUCUUGACCCCAUAUCUGUUUCAGAGGCAGGUUCCUGGUCUUCUGUACAUUCCUUUACAUGAAGCAUUACAAAGUAGAUGCCUUUUUAGAGCCAGAACCAUUUUCUAGGGAUACUGGCAUAUGUUGUCUUCCAGACCUCCACCCAGUCUGCUUAAAAGCUCUGGGAAUCAUCCAGUCAACAUUACUAUAACAGUGAUCUAAUGAACAUAAUACAGUUGUGUAAGAGCUUACCAUAACAGUAGAUGUUCAAAUAGAUCACUGUUGCACUAUAUGCACCCUCCCACCAUCUUUCUUGUUUCAUUUCUGUCCUACCUCGAGGUGGAAUUUCCAUUCUUAUCCAUUCCCCCAUCUUUCUCUUAUCCAAGUUUGUCCUUUUAAAUCAUCAGCAUUUGUCUUUUUGUGAGGCAAGAAAGUUCUGAGGAUUUUCAUUCCUGUAUGAGUACUUGAAAGUGGUCUCUUGAUUAGAUCUAAAGUCAGAUGUACAGAGCGAGAGGAAGGUGUGCCUAUGCUUUGGUAGACUGGCCAGAUAUAUUGUACUAUUGGCAGGAUGAGCCCAUCAGUAGCACUACUGCAAAAAUGGUCUUUCUGAACAUCUACUGUUAUAAUAAGUUCUUGCACAACUGACCUGUGAACAUUGCUUAACAUGGUUAUGCGUCUUUCAUUGUGGCUACAGAUUUUUGUACUUAAAAGCAUAUUUGCACUACUUUUAUGUUUCAUGGUUAGGUUUGUCAUGUCAAGACCCCCUCCUUUUCUUUUUUUUUUUUUUUUUUUGCUAACAGGGAGAGUGAGAGAUGCAUAAAGUAUGCAUAAACAUUCCCAAAAUCAGUUUGGCAUAUUUGAUGUUGCUUAAGUAUGGUUUCCAAUCUGUUUCAUAGCGUAACUGUUUUGAGUGAUAGUCUGCAGUGUCAACAGUGUACAUAUUACAGCCAAGUAUAGCUCCCUACCACAUAAUACACACAAAAAUUUCCUUCCAA